AUGUCACAGUUUCUGACUGAUUACGAGAAGGCCACCGACGAACACUUUGAAGAAGUGCCCGUUGGUUUGGAUGAAGCUCACAAAGCUUACCUUGUCGAAAGACAUGGAACUUAUAAUUUGGAUCCAAUUCCUUCUAGUGACCCUAAUGACCCCUUGAAUUGGCCUAACAAGAAAAAGUAUGUUCAUAUUGCCUUGAUCUCCUUCCAGAUUAUGACGUGCACCUUUGUGGCUGCUGGACUCACUCAGGUGUAUAUCAAGUUUGCCGAAGACUAUGGUGUUUCCAUGAACGAGGCGUCAUAUACAACUUCUGUGCAAAUCGUGAUUAUGGGUGUUCUCCCAAUCAUUUUUGUUCCAUUGAUGAACACAUACGGCAGAAACAAGUUUCUUGCUGUCUCGACUUUGAUCAAUUUUGGCUUGAGUAUUGCCGGUGCUUACUGUAAAACAUACAGCCAGCAAAUCGCAACAAGAUGUUUGGUGGGUGUGUUUAACUCUUUUGCAGUUGCUACAGGGUCUAGUAUUGUUCGAGACUUGACAUUUGCUCAUCAAAGAGGAACCUUCAACGGUAUUUGGUCCACUUGCUUAGUGGUAGGAACUCCUUUGGGUCCCUUCAUCACUGGAUUUAUUGUCCAACAUACUGAUGACUACAAAUGGGUCUUCUUCAUGUUUGCCAUCAUGUACUUUCUUCAGUUCAUUUCGUGGUGUAUUGUGGAUGAAACAGUGUACUUCCCUGGCCAAGCAGCACCCAAAUGGACAAUUCCAGCACACCCAUUCGACUAUAAGUUGUGGCUCAAUCCUUUGAAACCUAUCAAGAACAUAAACAUCACUUUGGUAUGUUUCACCAUCAUGCUCGGUUUUGCUUAUGCUAAUAUUGCGUUCAUUGUUGAGCUUCCCAUCAUAUUCGAGCCACUUUUUGGAUUGACACCUCAACAAUUAAGUUUGCAAUACAUUGCACUUAUUAUUGGAUCAUUCAUCGGAGAAGGCCUUGCAGGACCUCUUUCUGAUUGGUGGAUGGCUAUGCUGUUAAAGAGAAGAGGAGUCAAGGUCAUUUAUGAUCGGUUGUGGAUCAUCUACCCAGGUGUGAUUUUGGUAAUGAUUGGUUUGAUUGUGUUUGGAGUAUGUUUGGACAAGGUGAAGGGCAAUAAGUAUAUCAUUUCACCAAUCAUCGGAGCAGCUAUCGGUGCAGCUGGCCAGAACAUGAUAUCUACUGUUGGAACCGCAUUUGCAAUUGACAAUGACCCCAAGCAUGCGGCUGAUGUCGGAUUGUAUGUCAACUUGUUCAGACAAGUUUACGGUUUUGUUGGACCAUUUUACUUCCCAAUCUUGUUUGAAAACUUGGGAUACACAAACGGAGCAGGUCUUCUUUGUGGAUUAGUUGCUCUCGGAGGAGCAUUUACUGUGGUGGUACAUUUGAGAGGACGUAGGACAUAA